GUGUAUGUUCGGGAUCGGCAGCGGUGAAACGGAGGUGUGGAGAAACCGAGCAGCACGAGAAAAGCCACGGAGAGAGAGAUGGCGCAGGACCCGACCGGAGCGCAAGGACAGGCGGCGGGGCUCGAGACACAACCGAGAGGAAGCAAAAAAUAAAAUGUAGUAUCAAUAAAACGAGUCUAAAGGGGAAAGAAAUCGGAGUAAAGAAAAUAAUCAACAAAAGACAAGAGGAAGAAAACACCAGCCAUAAAAAGGAUACAAAAAACGUCCAUCAACCAGGAUUCAGGAGACAGAACAAACCACCACAACAAACCAACAGACUGGGAGGGAACUUUCCCGCCCUGAGGACUCUGGACUGUUCUGUGGACAUCCAUCCCUCUCCCAGGUCACAUAGAUGGUCGCCAAGCAUUAUGAACGCGCAACUGUCCAUGGAGAGCCUUGGUGACCUGAGCCAUGAGUCUGUGGCGGGUCCAGGAGAGCUGCUACUCGGCCACAGCCCACACCCCCGCCCGGGUGGGGGCCGAGGGCUGGCGCACCGCUCCAUGGGCAUGACGAGCCUACUAGACGGGGGAGAAUACCACUCCCAUCACGGACACAACACUGGACACCCCGGUCAUCACCUGCACCCCGCCAUGAGUAUGUGCGAGACCCCCUCUGGAAUGAGCGCAAGCACCUACACCACCCUCACACCUCUCCAGCCUCCCCUACCCCCCAUCUCCACUGUAGCAGACAAGUUCUCUCAUCAUCACCAUCAUCAUCAUCAUCCACACCACCAUCCUCAUCAUCCUCAUAAUCAUCAUCAGCGACUCCCUGGUAAUGUCACCGGCAGCUUUACGUUUAUGAGGGACGAGAGGGGGCUAGCGCCGAUCAACAACCUCUACUCCCCAUACCACCACAAAGACGCCCCUGGGAUGGGACAGAGCCUCUCCCCACUGUCUGGCUCUGGCCUGGCCGGCCUACACAGCUCCCAGGCCGGCCUGCCUCCCUAUGCCCACCCCGGGGUCUCAGCCUCCAUGCCGGGGGAGAAGAUGCAGUUGACUCCCGGUGGGUUCGAGGCUCAUCACCCCACCAUGCUGGCCAGGCACGCCGACCAGCACCUCACCUCCUCGGGGAACAUGCUCCAUAUAAACGGCCUCCAUCACCACCACCCCCAUGCCCACCUCGGAGCCUCGGGGCACGUCCUGGGCCAUGGGAACCCCCGGGAUAACAACACCCAGAGCCACGCCUCAGGGCCCGGGGUUCAAGUCCAAGGGGUUGGUGGUGGUGGCGGUACCGACGGCAAUUCGACGGGUCAAAUGGAAGAAGUAAACACCAAAGAAGUAGCGCAGAGGAUCACCACAGAGCUGAAGCGUUACUCCAUCCCCCAGGCUAUCUUCGCCCAGAGGGUGUUGUGUCGGUCCCAGGGAACACUGUCAGACCUGCUCCGGAACCCCAAGCCCUGGUCCAAGCUCAAGUCUGGCCGGGAGACCUUCCGCCGGAUGUGGAAGUGGCUGCAGGAGCCUGAGUUCACACGCAUGAGCGCGCUCAGGCUCGCAGGUGAGCGAACCCUCGCGUGUAAGCGCAAGGAGCAGGACCAUGGCCACUGUAAAGUUGGUGGUGACCGUGGCGGCAGCGGUGGCAGCAGCGGCGGAAACCACAGCGGCAGCAACCACAGCGGUAAUGGUGGCCACUCCAAGAAGCCUCGGCUGGUGUUUACCGACGUCCAGAGAAGGACCCUCCACGCCAUCUUCAAGGAGAACAAGCGUCCGUCCAAGGAGCUUCAGAUCACCAUCAGCCAGCAGCUGGGCCUGGAGCUGACCACCGUCUCAAAUUUCUUCAUGAACGCACGCCGACGCAGCCUCGACAAGUGGCUCGACGACAACGGAGGCUCCUCCCACUCCGCUAAUUCCUCCGUCUCCACCUGCAGCAAAGCCUGAGGAGGGGGGACUGGAGGGGGAGAGCGGGCAGAGUUUUGAGUUCAUUUAACUUGGAAAAAAUAAGUUGCCACGCUGACUUACAAUUUUGAAUUAUGUCAUCUCAGGUAAUCAAGUGUUGAGUUGACUACAUUUUAUAUUAGAUAUGGUGUUAGACGUUUUUAGUUAGCGUGGAGACUUAUUUUUUUCUAGUUUGAAGCAGUCAAGAUUUUUUACUGUGUAUGGGGAGACAGACUGACAGACUCAACCUCGGUGGAAAAGCUUUACAAUGUAGAAACCAGGAGAAACUAAGGAAAAUACCUAUAAACAGCGUUUUGACCUUAAAGACUGUACUAUAACACUGCUAUUUAUAGUGUCCAAAGAAAAAACAAACCAAAGACUUGUUUUGACCUGCUUUAAAAACUCUGUUCUGGCAUUCUACCCAAUCACUGAUCUCACAGCUUUAAUACCUCCUGCCCACUGUCCUUAUCUUUGAUCUGACUGGUCGGUUUGAGGGAGGGCCUCUGGAUGGACGUUUAAUCAGCCUAUCAGCUGUGUGGGUUCUGACCAGUGGACGGAGAUCCUGUGGGACGGGUCAAUCAGCUUUGAGGAGGAAUCUUACAGGAGCCACUGGAAUGUUCAGCAGCCGUUUGGAUUGGUCAGAGUUUCUGUCCGUCAGGACAAACAGACAUUUGAUUGGUCACAGUUUUCUGUCCGUCAGUAAACCCCAGACACUCCAGGUAGAAGCUGCCAUAAACUGAUCUAGGUUCAGAUUACCUUGCCCCCAAUCCUAUCAGUAACCAUAAGAAGGAUGAAAUAAAUAUUGUUUCUGACCCGGGAUCAGUGAUUAGGGGCGACUUCUACCUCCUUCACUGGAAGAGCAGACAGGGGAGGGGGGAAAUCGCCCCAGUAGGAGCUGCUAAUCAUGACCCAUAACCCCUGAUCCAUUCCGUAGUGCUUUCUUCCUGUACUGUUGAAACAGUAAAAAUGAAAACCAAAGCUUUCUCCACUCCAGGGCAGGUAGCCUAGACUGUAUGCAGUUAUAAUACCAAAUCACUUUGACAGAAUCACAGCAAGAAGUACAACCAAAGAAUAAUGUCUUAUAUUUUGUAGCUGAUGUUGUAAAGAGUAUUUUUAAAGACCUGAGUGUGACUGUUAACACUCUCCUCUCCUAUCCCUCCAUCUCUCCUAUCUUCCUCUCUCUCCAUCUCUCAGUGGUGGAAAAAGUACCCAAUUGUCAUACUUUAAAAAAGUAAAGAUACCUUAAUAGAAAAGGACUUGAGUAAAAAUGAAAGUCACCCAGUAAAAUACUACUUGAGUAAAAGUCUAAAAGUAUUUGGUUUUAAAUAUACUUAAGUAUCAAAAGUAAAUGUAAUUUCUAAAAUAUACACAAGUAUCAAAAGUAAAAGUGAAAGUACAAAUCAUUUCAAAUUCCUUAUAUUAAGCAAACCGGACGGCAUCAUUUUCUUUCUUUUUUUAUUUACAGAUUGCCAGGGGCACACUGCAACACUCAGACAUCAUUUACAAACGAAGCAUGUGUGUUUUAUGAGUCCACUAAAUCAAAGGGAGUAGGGAUGCCCGGGGAUGUUCUCAUUAUAAGUGCUUGAAUUGAACCAUUUUCUGUCCUGCUAAGCAUUCAAAAUGUAAUGAGUACUUUUGGGUGUCAGGGAAGAUGUAUGGAGUAAAAAGUAUAUACUUUUCUUUAGGAAUGUAGUGAAGUAAAAGUAAAAGUAGUCAAACAUAUAAAUAGUAAGGUAAAGUACAGAUACCCCAAAAAACGACUUAAUUAGUACUUUAAAGUAUUUUUACUUAAGCACUUUACACCACUACCAUUUCUCCUCCUCUCAUGCUCACCCGGUAUCUCUCCUCUCCCUCCAUUUCUCUACUCCAUCAUUCUGGCUCUCCUCUCUUCCUCUCCCUCCAUCUCAUCUCAGUGGGUAUGGAUGGAUGCUAUGCAUGUCAGCACCAGGAAGAAAGCACUACAGUGGCUUGCUUUCCCAAAGUAUGAGUCAAAUUGUGUGGAGUUUACUGUCUAUGGGCUUGGUUCGCUCCUUUGCUCCUCUCCAUGUCUGGGGAACCAGUCUCUGGGCUGGGAGUGGGGGUAUCUCUGCCUCUGUCUGUGGGUUACUGUAGCUCCUCUCCAUGUCUGGGGUACCAGUCUCUGGGCUGGGAGUGGGGGUAUCUCUGCCUCUGUCUGUGGGUUACUGUAGCUCCUCUCCAUGUCUGGGGUACCAGUCUCUGGGCUGGGAGUAUCUCUGCCUCUGUCUGUGGGUUACUGUAGAUCCUCUCCAUGUCUGGGGUACCAGUCUCUGGGCUGGGAGUGGGGGUAUCUCUGCCUCUGUCUGUGGGUUACUGUAGCUCCUCUUCAUGUUAAUGAGUAUUAUAUUAAAUGAAGCAAAGCCAAGCGAGAGCUGCUUCCUCACGUCGAAAAGAAAACAACAAAGAAGAGGAUAAAGAAAUCUCUAAAUGUGUUAAGACCUACUGAUAUUUUAUAGUGUGAACCAAAGAUGCUACCUCACUCAAUUUCCAUUUGUGAUUUCUAUCACUUUGAUGAUACCAAAGAUAACCAAAGAUUUUGUCAUUGCACGGCUGACAUGAGUGAUGUGGAUAGAAGGUUUACUGUAUAUCCUUAUCCUUACCCCCUCCUCUCCUCUCGUCCUCCUCCCCUCCCCCUGCUCUGCUUGGUCUCUCAACAUCUCUGCUCUCUACUUAUAAAGCUAUAGGUAGACAUGAUAGUGAAGCUGUAGACUAUGUUACCAAAACAACGAAGAUGUUGACAACACUCUAGACAUACAUAUUAACAAUGUUCUAGAAAGAAAUGUUGACAGUGUUGGAGAAUGAUAUGUUGACAAAAUUAUAGAAUGAUGUUGACAACAUUUUAGACAGAGGUUGACAACGUUCGAGAAUGACAUGUUGACAAGGUUCUAGAAUGUUGACAACAUUGUAGACAGACAUGUUGAAAACGUUCUUGAAUUAUGUUUACAACGUUCUAGAAUGAUAUGUUGACAACAUUGAACGCUCUAAAAUUACAUGUUGACAACAUUCUAUACAGACAUGUUGACAACCUCUCUAAAACUCCCAGGACGAGUGCCUUGCUUGAACCAAAGUGUUAAACCACUGUUGACCUCUCUAUGACCUUUGACCUUUUACUCUUUGAAUACCUCAGCCUGUAGAGAAGGGCCACUACUGAAGACUAAAGGAAUAUCUCUCACUUUCUGCUCUCUCUCUUUCUCUCGCUCUCUCUCACAAGUGGUGCUUUCGCCAGCUCAACCAUGCAAUGAAAACAUACCAAAGGAAUUUCUGAUCUCCACUCCUGCUGAUAUACCAAAGCUCUUCUUCUUCUGUCUCCCCUGCCCCCCUCCCUCCCUCCCACUCUCCUCCCAUCCUCUCUCCUCCCCUUUGAAGGAAGGCCCAGCACUCUGGCCGUGUUUGUCUCUGAAUACCUCAUAGUGAGAACUCUGUGGUUCUGUGGAGAGAGAUUGUCAAAGUGGGUCAGGCAGAACUCAACUAGUUUGGUAACUAAUGUUAUUGUUACUUCUUUCAAAAAUCUUGAUGGUUCUUAUUUAUUUUUAAUGUUUUCUUUGGCAGAAGUGUUCUGUUCAAGGUCGCGGAGGACAAGUUUCAGGGUCUUGAGGUUUGAAACUUGUCUGGAUGGAGAGAUGAAGUGUACUAUUUUGUUAUCAGACGUUGGGUACUUAUUCCGAUAUUAUAAUGAUGGUAGACUAUUGUUUUUUACAGGGUAAAACCAACAACUGCUGUGAUAAUGUGUUCAUAUGUUUUCCUUUUCUCGUCUUCUGUGUUGUGAUGAUUUGAUUUGAAUGGAAUUGUGUUUUUGUAUUAUUGCUUAACCACUGCUUUAAUUUAUGCCUUUGUAGAACAUCUAGAUUUGUAUAUAGUAGGUUUUUUGAGAGAAAACAAACAAAAAAAAAACAAAUGAACAUUCAGUUUUGUCUUACAGACUUAUAACGUUCUCCUGCUUAGAUCAGAUGAAGGAGUGGGUUUGUGUUCUUCUUCUCGUGUAUCACAGCUCUGUCACUUCAACAUGUGUUCUGAACACUGCCAGAGACCACACCAUUGCCCUGACAACGGGCCGACACACGUCUGACACUACAUCCUAUUUCCUAUGUAGUGCAUUACUUCUGACCAGAACCUUAUGGCUAAUCCAGGAUGUGAUCAGGACAAUAUUGAAAAUCAGGAUUUUGACUAGGGGAUGUGUUCGUUUCAUAUCUCUACUAACCCAAACCCUAUGGCUCUGUUCAAAACUAGUGCACUAUAUAGGGUGUCAUUUCAGAUACAGACGUUCUACACUUGGUACGUACUUCGCUCAACAGCUGUCAAAAAAGCAGCAGUGUGUAAUGUGUUUUAUAUUCUUUUGACUUUUCCAUUUUUUUAUUUUAUUUUAUGGGUAUUAAUAAUAAUAAUGAGCAUCCAAAGAUUUCUAAAACAAACCAAAAAGUUGAGAAAAAAAGGAAAAAUAAAUGAAUUAAAACGUUUGAAAAAGCACUGGCAUUUGUGAGUUUAGGAGAUGUUGAGUUUUGAUUUGCCAUUCGCAGCACGGGUAUAGAUGUUAGUAGAAGGCUGUAGGCCGGGGGCUUCUGUAGUCAAGGUUACUCAGCCGUGUAGGGAAUCUCCUGUUUAAAUGUACAACCUGAAGUGAUGUUUUAAACUAAACCAGGGCUGCAAGUUCUCUCAGUGUUGCUCAACCCAGUCCUCUGGUGCCUGAUUCAUACUAUAGGACCAAGCCGAGCUGUACUGUGGUGGCCUGGUUACAAAUGUGUGAAUCAGGUAUCGGACCACCAACCAUUUCACAUAUUAGGUCUGUUCCAACACUUGCACUCCUCUUUCAACUAAGUCAACUAAUCAUGAAGCCCGUGACUAGUUGAAUCAGGUGAGUUAGAGCUGGAAUAUAUCAGAUAUAUAAAACAGUUGGUCCCUAAGGACUGAUCUGAGUCACUUUGCUGUCUGACACACAGAGUGAGGUGGGUGGAGUUGGGGGGGUUAGCGGUGGGAUGGAUGGGGUCUGGGCGGGGCAGCAGGCCUGCCAGGGGCGGGGUCAGAGAGCUUGUUCUGAACUGCAUUUCAAAUUAAAUCCUAUUCCAAAUAUGUGAUGUAGUGCAUUAGGAAGGGAAUAUGGUGUGAUGAAGUGCACUAUAUAGGGAUUAGGGUGUGAUUUGAAACAUAUGCCUCUUGUUCAUAAUAUUGUGUCCCUGCCGCCUAGCUCCUCACAGUGUCUGUUGUUUGGUGCAAACUCGUGUAAUGACAAUGAGCAAAGUCUAAUAAACCUACAAAGAAA